AGUUUGAAAUGAGAGCUACACCGCCACAAGGAAGUACUCCUCUCCUCUCCCAUCGAUUCGGAUGGUGAAAUUUCCUUCUAUUUCUGAAGAAAUCAGACAUGGAAACCGACUUCCGCGGGCGCAUUGUUCGAUUAGUAGUAUUUGGACCGAGCAACAUUUCAUUUCUUACCACUAGUUCCACCGCAUUCCAAUGGAAACUCUUCUUCUGCCACAAAUUUCUUUUUUUGGUGAUUCUAAGGGUUGAUGUGGAUUCGUCAUCAAUCUCGAUCUCGCUGCAAUCAUGGGUGGUGGUAGCCAGUUGAUAUCUGUUCAUCCGGACGAGUUGAGGUUUGAAUUUGAGCUGGAAAAGCAAAGUUGUUUCGAUCUUAAAAUAGUGAACAACACUGAACACCAUGUUGCCUUCAAGGUCAAGACUACUACACCCAAAAAGUACUUCGUACGACCAAAUACUGGUGUGAUACAAGCUUUGGAUUCAUGCAUCAUAACAGUCACCCUCCAAGCUCAACGAGAAUAUCCUCCUGAUAUGCAAUGCAAAGAUAAAUUUCUCCUGCAGAGUACAAUAAUACCUUCAAAUACUGACGUUGAUGAGAUCCCACAAGAUGCUUUCAAUAAAGAUGGUGAAAGAAAAAUAGAGGAGUGUAAGCUUAAAGUUGUUUAUACCUAUCCUGGCCAUGAGAAUUCAGAGGACAAAGCUUCAUUUAUGAAGGGUUCCAAACAAAGUCCUGAAGCUGAAUCUAUUCGUGAAGUGCAGCGUCUGAAGGAGGAAAGACACACAGCUCUUCAACAAACAAUGCAACUGCAACAUGAACUGGAGAGGUUGAAGAGACUAAGUCGUCGGAAAAGUGAUCCAGGCUUCUCCAUAUCAUUUGUAUUAUUUGUGGGACUCAUUGGUGCCAUGGUUGGUUUUAUCUUAAACUUCGCAUUGUCUGCUCCACCUACAGAAUAACUUGAUUUUUUCAGGUCCUCAUGAGAUAAUCUUGUCCACCCACAUGUAAUUUUGAAUGCUCCAUUGAAUGGAAAUAUGUUUACCAUAA